AACAGUCAUUGCUCAGUGUACCUUCUGCCGUUGUUGUGUGCGGACGUGUCGCAGAGUCGCGCUCCCAAGCCUCCACUGGACAUAAUUUGUACUCUUCUCCACUAAGCAUCAUUUAUGGGAAGCUGUCUUGGAUCCUCUGGCAAGGCCGACCUGCCCCACGACCAAAGGGGAGGCGGAGACGGUAUGCAGAUCGCAGGCAGCGUGGCGGUGAUCACAGGGGCAGCCCGGGGCCUGGGCCGAGCCUUCACCGAGGCGCUCCUGGCCAGGGGAGCUAAGGUGUGCAUAGCUGACAUAGACAAGGAGGCAGGCGCCGUCACACUCCAGGACCUUCAGGCCAAAUACAACCCUGACAACGUCAUUUUCGUCGACUGUGACGUCACCAAAGAUGAGGCUUUUAAAGGAGCUUGGGAAGCCGCCGUUGAGAGGCUGGGGCCCGUCUCACUACUUAUCAACAAUGCGGGUAUUGGCAACGAGCAGAACUGGCAGAAGACAGUUGAUGUUAACUUGGGCGGCUGCAUACGGGGAACGCUGCUGGGCCUGGAGAAGAUGGGCAUCAACAAGAGCGGCGCUGGGGGCGUGGUGGUCAACAUCUCCAGCAUCACGGGGCUCAAGGCGGCACCCCUGGGACCCGUCUACGCCUCUACCAAACACGCUAUCGUUGGCCUCACCAGGAGUUUAGGGUCUGAGUUCCACCUGAAGUACAGCGGGGUGAAGGUGCAGGCGCUCUGCCCCAGUCUAGUGAAGACCGACCUUCUCACCAACUCAAUGAAGAAUGCUUUCUCUCCAGAGGUCGCCACCGCCAUGGCCAACUUAGCCGCCUCAAUUAAAGAUAUGUCGGCGGAGACUGUGGCAGAGGCCCUGGUGAAGCUCUUGGAGGAGGGUCGUAAUGGAGCGUGUCUGGUGGUGGCUGCAGGUGCUGAUCCUUUCUACGUGGAUGCCCCUAUACCUUCCUAAUAGAUCCCGGCUCUGUUACGCAGCUACUCUGUAAAAAGUAUCGGUCAUUAUUGACCAAAAUGACCGAUACUUUUCAAAUCUAUGAAUUCAGUUCCCCUAACUCUCAUGCUAUCUCAGUUACCCACAAUUCCCAAGUUAUAAAAUUUUCAAUAUAUAUAUAUAUAUAUAUAUAUAUAUAUAUAUAUAUAUAUAUAUAUAUAUAUAUAUAUAUAUAUAUAUAUAUAUUGUUUACUUCGUUAUAUUAUAAUUGCCAUUGUUCAAAGUCAUUCGUUUAGCAAAUGGCACAUUUCGUGUUGCCUAUUUUGGGACGGCGUCCCAAACCCAGUUGAAGUUCUAGUAGUAGUUAUGAGGUAGUACUACAAAUCAUUUUUAAAGUUUCUUACUAAUAUAAAUUCCUUUAUGGUAAUGUCUUCUAUGAUUUAUUUUUGUAUUUGUUUAACAUACAAAACUUUGUAUUUGUUAAACAUAAGGAAAUCAAAUGUGUUUCAUCAUUGUCCUUCCCUCGAAUGGUAGCUAUUUCAAUUAGAAUAAGUAUAUUUUGUUAUAAAAAUAAUUUAAUAAUAUAAAUAAUUUAAAUAUCUCCAAAAGUAUGCAACUAGCUCAUCAGUGCUGUAACUUUCUUUGGGAAACGAAUUUUUGGUUUCAGUUUGUGAACCCAUUAUAUGGUUCUAAACUUAUGCCUCUGUAAGCCAUUCCCACCACCACUCACCUUGUGGGUGUGUGGUGACAGACAUAUGAACUAAACUAAACUUACAGUUUGUGGCCUUGAGAGUAAACCUUAAACCAGUCAGCUUCGAAUAUCCAGUGAAUGUUGGGAUUUUUGUUAUUUUAAAUUGUAGAACGAACUACGUUUUUUGUAUAAUGACUUUGUACAACAUUAAUAAUAUACUUGUCUAAUAAAACUCAAUUACA